AUGGUGGGCCCGUACACGUGUAUCGACAGUCGGUGUGAGUGGCCGCCGAUAUACUUCACAAGCGUAGACCAAUGGCAGAAGCAUAUGGUGGAGGAGCACACCGCUCGCUGGACGGAACAGAUCCACAGGAAGGUCCAACACUGUAGCCGACACGUAGACAAGGAUGGCCGUACAGACCGAAAGGAGUUCCAAAACCCCAGAGCACUCCGCGACCAUUUGGCUGACGAACAUGCUCUAACGAGAAUGGAUGUUGGAUGCACCCCUUAUCGAAUCAGAUCGCCGGGAACAUGUCUGUUCUGUAACUUCGAUGCCGCUGCCAAAGCAGUUCCAGAAGAUGAGCUUGAAGCAAGCAAGAAUGCGAACGUCGGUGACACUGCUGUUGAAGCGCGUGAGUCUGAAGAGCUUGUUCGAGAAAAGCUCUGGGAGCAUAUCGGCCAUCAUCUCAGGAACUUGGCUUUCUUAUCGCUGAAAUGGUUCGAAGAUGACAAGGUCGACGUCAAAGGGGGUGAUGGAAAGGCGAAUGCCGCGCAGAGGGAAGGAUCUAGUGAUGAUGAUGAUCGGGAAGCGGCGUCGGUAGCGGGGUGCUAA